AUGGUCGACGCCGAUACCGAGGUGUACCCAGACUCGCUGACUCGGCUGGUUGCCUGCAUGGUGCACGACGCCAAGGUCAUCGGCAUCUGUGGCGAGACGCAGCUGACAAACGAGGACUUUUCGUGGACAACCAUGAUCCAGGUCUACGAGUACUUCAUUUCGCACCACAUGGCCAAGGCGUUCGAGUCGCUAUUUGGCUCGGUCACCUGCCUUCCUGGCUGCUUCUGCAUGUACCGUCUGCGCACGCAGCGGGGAUCCCCGCUUAUCAUCUCCAAGAACGUCAUCGACGACUACGCCGAAAACCACGUCGACACGCUGCACAAAAAGAACCUGCUGUCGCUUGGCGAGGAUCGGUACCUGACCACCCUGAUGAUGAAGUACUUCCCGCAGUACAAGAUGACGUUCACCGCCGAUGCAAAGUGCAAGACCACAGCCCCAGACACGUGGUCGGUGCUUCUUUCGCAGCGCCGUCGCUGGAUUAACUCGACAGUGCACAACCUGGUUGAGCUCGUGUUCCUGCCUGAAAUGUGCGGCUUCUGCUGCUUCUCGAUGCGGUUUGUCGUGUUCAUCGAUCUGUUUGGUACGCUGACCAUGCCCUGCACGCUGUUCUACCUUGCGUAUCUGAUCUACGUCGGCGUGUCGAAGAUCAGCGACAUCGGCUACAUCUCGCUUGUCCUCAUUGGCGCCAUCUACGGCCUGCAGGCCGUCAUCUUCAUCUUGAAGCGUCAGUGGCAGCACAUUGGCUGGAUGAUCAUCUAUCUGUUUGCCUACCCGCUGUGGUCGUUCUUCAUCCCAGUCUACGCCUUCUGGCACAUGGACGACUUUUCCUGGGGCAACACACGCAUUGUCGUUGGCGAGGACGGAAAGCGCCAGAUCUUUGUCAAGGACGAAGAGCCAUUUGACCCAAGCGAGAUACCGAUGAAAACCUGGGCCGAAUAUGAGAUGAGACCCGUCAGCCGCUUCACCCAAGUCACCGGGCUGGGCGGACAGACGGCGAUGGACAAGGCGCAGUCGGUGAUGGGCCAGAGCUUUGAGAACCAGACCAUUCAGAUGCAGAUGCCUCGACUUGGCACGCCCGUGCAGUACUCGUACUACAGUAGCAGUAUGCCCUCGCCACAGCAGGCCGCAACAUCCAACCACAAUCUGCUGCAGAUGUCGGGCUCGCAGAUGCCGUCUGACGAAGCCAUUGCUGCCACCAUCUCCAACAUCCUCGACAACUCGGACCUGUCUACCAUCACUAUGAAGCAGGUGCGCGACGAGCUGUCGCGGAUCUUUGGCGUUGACCUGUCGUCACGCCGCGAAUUCAUCCAGUCGACAAUCCAGUCCAUGAUCCAGAGCCGGGUGUAGAUGCUGGGUGGGCGCGCGUUUUUCACUUGCACACAUUUUCCUUUCAUACAUUAAACACUCUUCAUUGCUCAUAAUCCACAUAUCGCC